GACCGAAUUUUUAGGGUUUUCAAACGGAAAACCUGGCAACCCCACAACUCUUUCAUCCAAUUGCAUCCUAGUAAAAGUUGCUGAAAGCGCUACCCCACCUGCGCAGCGCCACCUUAGCCGUGAGAUCUCAGUUAGCGAGAAAAACGUGGAGCGAGCACAUUGCCACGAAAGUGUUUUUUACCACCGCCGCUGCAUCACCCUCUGCGUCACCCACUCAGCCACCCACUUGGGGCGCCAAGAAGCAAAAGAGAAAGGUUAACCUACGAUCCGCAGCUGCCGAGUUCAUCAUGUCCAAUCCGGAGAUUGAGGCACAGUUGGCCCCCUUGCGGGAGCGCGUGCAGGAGCAGGGCAAUUUGGUGAGGGAACUCAAGGCCCAGGGAGCUGCCGAGCUGGAUGUGAAAAAGGCCGUGGCCGAGCUGAAGGCUCGCAAGAAGGUCCUAGAGGAAAAGGAGCUGGCACUGACGCCCAGCGUGGUCAGCUUUGACCGUGCCAAAAUGGAGGAUCUGCUGAAGCGGCGCUUCUUCUACGACCAGAGCUUCGCCAUUUAUGGUGGCAUUACCGGCCAGUACGACUUCGGACCCAUGGGCUGUGCCCUUAAGUCCAACAUCCUGGCCCUGUGGCGGCAGUAUUUCGCACUCGAGGAACAAAUGCUGGAGGUGGAUUGCUCGAUUCUCACGCCGGAACCGGUUUUAAAAGCCUCCGGUCAUGUGGAGCGAUUCGCUGACCUGAUGGUCAAGGAUGUGAAGACCGGCGAGUGCUUCCGCUUGGACCAUCUCAUCAAGCAGGCUCUGGAGAAGCUGUCCAAGGCGAAGGAGGCCACGCCGGCGCUGCAGGCCGAAUGCGAGGACAUCAUCAUCAAGCUGGAUGGUCUGAACAAGCAGGAGCUGGCCGAUGUCCUGGCCAAGUAUAACAUCAAGUCCCCCCUGACCGGCAACGAUCUAACCGAACCCAUCGAGUUCAAUCUGAUGUUUGCCACGCAAAUUGGACCCACUGGUCUGGUCAAGGGAUUCCUACGCCCGGAAACAGCGCAAGGCAUCUUUGUGAACUUUAAGCGAUUGCUGGAAUUUAAUCAGGGCAAGCUGCCCUUCGCCGUUGCCCAGAUAGGCAACUCCUUCCGCAACGAAAUCUCGCCCAGAUCGGGACUUAUUCGUGUGCGUGAGUUCACCAUGGCGGAGAUUGAGCACUUCUGCGAUCCCGUGCACAAGGAUCACCCCAAGUUUGGUAAUAUCAAGGCGGAAAAGAUGACCCUCUACUCGGCCUGCAAUCAGAUGGAUGGAAAGUCCGCUGCCCAGGUGGAAAUUGGAGCUGCAGUCGCCUCCAAGUUGGUGGCUAACGAAACCCUCGGCUAUUACAUGGCUCGGAUCCAGCAGUUCCUUUUGGCCAUUGGCAUUAAGCCGGAAUGCUUGCGUUUCCGCCAGCACAUGUCCAACGAGAUGGCUCACUAUGCCUGCGAUUGCUGGGAUGCCGAGAUUCUCACCUCCUACGGCUGGGUGGAGUGCGUUGGGUGUGCGGAUCGCAGUGCUUACGAUCUGGGACAGCACACGGCGGCCACUGGUGUCCGCUUGGUGGCGGAGAAGCGUCUGCCGGCACCCAAGACCGUGGAGGUCAGCGAAAUUGUGCCCAACAAGCAGGCCUUGGGCAAGACCUUCAAGAAGGAAGCCAAGAACAUAACGGAUGCGCUGGCCAAACUUUCGCUUGAGGAGAUCACUAAGGUGGAGCAGCAGCUGGCAGGCGAUGGCCAGUACAAGCUGACCCUGGCCGAUGGUCAGAGCCACGAGCUUGACAAGAACACCAUCAGCGUGAAGCACUCCUCGAAGACCGUCCAUGUGGAGGAGUUCAUCCCGAGUGUGGUCGAGCCCUCGUUCGGCAUUGGACGGAUCAUGUACGCCCUGCUGGAGCACAGUUUCCAGUGUCGCGAUGGCGACGAGCAGCGUUGCUACUUCACCUUGCCCUCCCUGGUGGCGCCCAUCAAGUGCUCCAUCCUGCCAUUGUCGAACAACACGGAUUUCCAGCCCUACACGCAGAAACUGUCAUCUGCACUGACCAAGGCGGAACUCUCGCACAAGGUGGACGAUUCCAGCGGCUCCAUUGGCCGAAGAUACGCACGAACAGACGAGAUUGCUAUUCCCUAUGGCAUCACCGUGGACUUUGAUACCUUGAAGGAGCCGCACACUGUGACUCUGAGAGAUCGGAAUACCAUGAAGCAGGUGCGCGUCGGUCUGGAGGAGGUGGUCGGUGUGGUCAAAGACCUCUCCACGGCGAGGACCACCUGGGAGAAGGUAACGGAGCAGUAUCCACUCUUCGAGCAGCAGGAGGCCAGCAGCAAGUAACCCGAUGGCUGAAGAGCAAGGAAAUUCUCACGCUUGACACACGCAUUUUCUAUAUUAUUUCUUUUUUAUACUUUUAUGCCUAAAAGUUGAAUAAAACAUGCAACAUUUAAUGCUUCGCACCAGAAA